CGAGCCCCAGAACCUCCAUUCUCCAAUCCUCUUUCUGCGCGCCAGGAAAUUCAGGUAACCAGGGCGUCAUUGUUGCUGUCUUUGUUACUUUGUUUCUCUGGGUGAGAAUGUGGAACUUUGCAUCCAACUUUACUGUUGGGAACACAAGGCCGAAGGAAGAUCAUCGGAAUCCUACUCGCGAUGCAGAUUGCUCUGAUGAUGAAGGUUCAUCCAUCACAAGUAGAGAGGAUAGACUAGAGUGCCCAAUAUGUUGGGAAUCCUUCAACAUCGUUGAAAACAUACCCUAUGUUUUUUGGUGUGGCCAUACACUGUGCAAAAACUGCAUCCUGGGGUUACAAUGGGCUGUUGUGAAGUGCCCUUCUUUACCCAUCCAGCUCCCACUCUUCAUAUCCUGUCCCUGGUGCAAUUUAUUGUCAUUGCGUCUGGUUUACAGGGGCAACCUCAAGUUCCCCAGAAAGAACUUUUUCCUUCUAUGGAUGCUUGAGAGCAUGAAUGGUAACAGGAGAGUGUCCUGUUCUGCCUCAUGUGGGGAUGAUGAUCCACAAUCUUGGCCCCCUGUUAGGACAUCAUCUGGAAAUUCUGCUAUUGAGCCCAGUCUCAGGAGGGCCUCACACACUGACCUUUCAGAACCAGUACGAUCACGGCAUGAUCAAAGUCAUCUGGAUGGCUUUCUUGCUCUUGAGAGACUACAUUCUUCAAUCAGGAAAUCACUCGUCUUCUUCAUUCAUCUGACAGCCAAGUUCCCACUGGUGAUUAUAUUCCUUCUGAUCCUCCUGUACGCCAUACCCGCCAGUGCAACAAUAUUGGCCCUCUAUUUGCUCAUCACCGUUGUGUUUGCUCUUCCAUCGGUUCUCAUUUUGUACUUUGCUUAUCCGAGCUUAGAUUGGCUGAAGCCCAUUCCUGCAAGGGCUUCGGGGACUAGUGUGACUGGGACCCGUGAUUCGGAAGAAGCCCGCUUUCAAACACCAGCUGAAAUCAUCAAAGAUGUAGUCUUUUUGCAGCCUAAUGAAGUUGGGUCUUCUCCAGUACAAGAUUUCUCAAAGUUGGAAAGGAAAAUAAAGAACAUGUCAUCUAAGGGCCAUCCACCUAAGUCAUUGACACGACCAUCUCUCUCUAAGAGUCUAGACGGCCUGAAACCAAGUUCAAGAAAAAGCUGGGAAAGGGAUGCCAACACUAAACCUGGCAGAAAGAAAGUCAUGGAACCCCUAACUGAUUCAUCAACCUCAAAGUCUUCAGUCAGUGAAGCAACAAAGCUGAGAAAACAGGUGAGUAAAGGCGUCGAACCCCUUACUGCCUCAUCAACCUCAAAGUCUUCAGUCAUUGAAGCAACAAAGCCUAGAAAACGGGUGAAUAAAGUCGUGGAACCCCUAACUGCUUCAUCCACCUCAAAGUCUUCAGUCAGUGAAGCAAUAAAGCCGAGAAAACGGUUGAGUUUGACCUCAACACCUAUGAAGAACCAAAAUCAAACGGGGGAAGCUGAUUGCGGGGCCAAAGAGGGAGUAUCUGAGAAAACACUGCAUGUCAUCCAAAUGGAAGAUGUGGAGCCCACUCAAGACGGUGAAAUUAAUGGUUCACUCUCAUCACUAGAAUCUUUAUUGUUGCCCGAAUCUUCAUCCGUUUCACACACUCCAGAUUCAAUCAUAGAAAGUAAGCCGAGCAAGACCAUGACUAAGUCCAAGCAGCCUGUUCUCCCUAAACCAGAUAUUCCAUCACCAGUGAAACUAAAAUUUAGGAGAGGUAAGGUUCUGGAUAUUGGGAAUGAAAGCCACGGUCCAAGGAGAAUAACUCUUAGGAAGACUAGGCUUGUAAGGAAACAUCAAGAAGACGCCAACAAGGAAGGUAAAGAUAAGACUUUGGAGUCUGUUGAUGAUCGCAGCACCUCAUCUCCCUUACCACCUUCCCCUGGAAAAGAAGAUGAGAAGAACAUAUCUGCUGACAGUAAGGGAGUUAAAAGCAGGGGAAGAAGUCAAAUCAAAACUUCUAAAAGGGGAAAUCUCAUUGUCGCUAGAGUUGAAACUCCUUUACCUGUGAAACUAAAGUUUAGGAGAAGAACGGUGGUGAAUCUCCAUCAAGAAAACAACAGCGGUCCGAGGAGACUAAAUUUUAGAAAAGGAAGGACUGUGAGAAAAAAUCCAGAAGACAAGGAUACUGUGGAUGGCAAAGAGGGGGGAGAACAAGAUGCCAAAGAGGCCGGAUCUGAACUUGCAACCAGUAAAGGAGACGACAAGAAAUUAGGUUCUAACAGUAAUGGAGCCAAUCUCCAUAAUGAAAACAAGAGAUUUAGCUUUGCAAAGGGAGGAAGAGAUCCAAGGGAAAUCCAAGGGAGUAAGAGCAGUGAUUCUGCGAAGAGGCGAAAUUCAAAGAAACGAACUGAGGGUGGAGAAAAUAGUAAAGAAGCGAUGGAGCCGAGGAAGGUGGUUUUGAGGCAUCACCAAGAUGUGCAGGAGGGAAAGAAAGACGGGCAGGGUUUAUUACUGAAUAAUGUUAUUGAAGAGACUGCAAGCAAGCUGGUCGAGAGCAAGAAGAGCAAGAUGAUCGCGGAUCUAUCUUGUGCGUGCAAAUGGUUUGAUGACCUUGCCAAGAGAGUGCUCUGGAAAGAAUUCUGCAAGAAAAGGGCUCCCAAGAUGAUGCUUGACCUACAGUCUUGUGGCAGCCACAGUGUGGAUGGGAACUGGAGGGCACUUGGGAAACUUCUCAUUUACUGUUCUGGCUGUACCAAGAGUGGUUUGUUCAACACCAUUCACAUUCCGGGACACUUUGUGUAUAGGACACGGUUCUCAAGGACAUCCGGGAAGAGCUUUCUAUUGCCACAAUGUAGGAGCGAUGUUUUGUACGUUUCUGAUCCAUGCGAGCAUCUUGACCAAGGAGAAGAAGGGGACGUUGGGUUUUUCCGGGGGAUAUUUAAGUCAUUUGGGUCGUCAAAGGUCAAGAAGAUGCUGAUUAAGAGGGACGCUCAGCUGCAUCCGAGGGAGGUGUGCCCCUAUUGUAAAGCUAAGCUGUGGAGUAUGUUGCAGGCGAAUAUGAUACCGUCUAGUGCUAGUUGCAGGUUGGGAGCUUAUGAAGAUUCGAUUGAGUAUUACGUUUGCCUUAACGGGCAUGUGAUUGGGAUUUGCACCCUCUUGCCCUUGUCUGAUACAGAGGAAGCAGAAGCUUCCGGAUCCGAGUGAGUCCAAUGAAGAAGAAUGGAUAUAUGUGUGUCUGUGCAAUGAUGCAUUUCUUCUUUGCAAGGAUGAUGAAGACUUUUCCCCAGGUUGAAACUCAGAUCUCUUCACAGUCCCUUACCAUUUGUUUGAGUGUUGGUGUCUGAGACCUAUUCUUUCUUGUGAACCAUUUGUGUAAUUGUAUCCUCUGCUUUGGUGCAACAU